AGCGAGACGUGGGCAGCAGCGGAGAUGGUCGGCGUCGCCGUGUGCUCUAGGGGAGCAGCUCCGAGCCCAGCGAUUCUCGUGUAGACAAAGGGAGCUGGGAAGCUGCUGGGGCUAAGCCGAUGUCGGGACUCGCGUAGCGCUGCUCGGGACACGAGCUGCCCCAGCAGCUGGGUUUGUGCAGCCAGAACCCACCUACUGACGUGUGCCGAAAGAACAGGAAAUGGGAGCCUGGGAGAAACGGAAAUUGCAGCAGCAGCAGCAGCGUGAGGCAGCAGCCGCAGAAGCCGUGCAGCCAGGCAGGGAGCCGGGAACAAAAUGUGGAAGGCUACUGCAGGUCACACCAUUUCGGUCAGCCAGAAUGAUGGAGCUGAUGACUGGGAGACAGAUCCUGAUUUUGUGAAUGACGUGAGUGAGAAAGAACAGCGCUGGGGUGCUAAAACUGUGCAAGGAUCGGGACAUCAAGAACACAUCAACAUUCACCAGCUGAGAGAGAAUGUGUUCCAAGAACAUCAGAGCCUCAAGGAGAAAGAGCUUGAAACAGGACCAAAAGCUUCCCGUGGCUAUGGAGGGAAGUUCGGCGUGGAACAAGACCGUAUGGAUAAAUCAGCUGUUGGCCACGAAUAUCAAUCUAAGCUUUCUAAACAUUGCUCCCAAGUGGACUCAGUAAGAGGUUUUGGAGGCAAGUUUGGAGUGCAAGUGGAUAGAGUUGACCAGUCUGCUGUGGGUUUUGAAUACCAAGGGAAAACAGAGAAACAUGCCUCUCAAAAAGAUUAUUCAAGUGGUUUUGGUGGUAAGUAUGGAGUGCAGGCGGACAGAGUAGACAAGAGUGCAGUGGGCUUCGAUUACCAGGGUAAAACAGAGAAACAUGAAUCUCAGAAAGAUUAUUCUAAAGGCUUUGGUGGUAAAUAUGGAGUUGACAAGGACAAAGUGGACAAAAGUGCAGUUGGCUUUGAAUAUCAAGGCAAAACAGAAAAACACGAAUCACAGAAAGAUUAUGUGAAAGGAUUUGGAGGCAAAUUUGGUGUACAGACAGACAGACAGGACAAGUGUGCGCUUGGUUGGGAUCAUCAGGAGAAAGUUCAACUACACGAAUCCCAAAAAGAUUAUAAGAGUGGUUUUGGAGGGAAAUUUGGUGUUCAAAAAGAGAGACAGGACCCAUCUGCCGUGGGGUUUGAAUACAAGGAGAAACUAGCCAAGCAUGAGUCUCAACAAGAUUAUUCAAAAGGAUUUGGUGGAAAGUAUGGUAUACAAAAGGAUCGAAUGGAUAAGAAUGCAUCAGCUUUUGAAGAUAUUGAGAAAUUGUCAUCAACUUAUCAGAAGACCAAGCCGGUAGAAGCUGUGAAUACUAAAACAAGCAACAUCCGAGCUAACUUUGAAAACCUAGCCAAAGACAAGGAACAGGAAGACAGAAGGAAAGCAGAAGCUGAGAGAGCACAAAGAAUGGCCCAGGAGAAACAAGAACAGGAGGAGGCCAGAAAGAAACUAGAAGAACAAGCUAAAGCCAAAAAACAAACACCACCUCCAUCUCCUACCCCACAGACAGGUGAUGAGAAGCCACCUUCAAGUCCAGUUUAUGAGGAUGCAAUUUCAUAUGAGGCAGAGCCAAACUACAAGAAUUCCAGUACAAUGUAUUCAACUGUCCAUGAGCCAGAAUCCAGCUACAAACCUGAAGAGUCAGACUACCAAGAAGCAGUCAGUCAACGGGAGUCAGAAUAUGACCCAGAGACAGUCUAUGAAGUGGCAGGAACAGGAGACCUCUAUCAAGCAGAAGAAAAUACUUAUGAUGAAUAUGAAAAUGAACUUGGAAUUACAGCCAUUGCCCUUUAUGAUUAUCAGGCUGCGGGCGAUGAUGAGAUUUCCUUUGAUCCAGAUGACAUCAUCACAAACAUAGAAAUGAUUGAUGACGGCUGGUGGAGGGGAGUGUGCAAAGGCAGAUAUGGGCUCUUCCCGGCAAAUUAUGUUGAGCUGAGGCAAUAAAUAAUAUUGUGUACCGAUAUGCCUUAAUGCCAUAGUCAUUAAACCUGAUUUAAUACACUACAAAUCAUGAUGCUUUUUUGAGGAUGGAGGGGUAUAUACAUAUGGCUUUUAUAUUUAAUACUUUGCUGAUGCUUUAAAAAAUGUUUAUGCCACAGAAUUCGCUAAUAUAUUGUAACUGAUGUUCCCCACCAAGGCUCCUGGUAACGAUUUUUAUGCAUUUUGAAAUGUUUUUCCUUAUUCUUUGCCAAAUUAGUUAUUUGUCAUUAAAUGCCAUCUCAAGGACUAUUAGCUGCCUGUCAUUAAAAUGCAUGUUUACUCAUCCCUGUAAGUGAACAGAAGAACCUAGUGAUUAAGUGCGGUUAGUCUUCCACUAAAUGUUGUCAGCUAAAGAUCAUGGCUAUGCAGGUAAUUUGCAUUUCCACUUAAGUAGGAGUAUACCUAUAUUUCCAUAUAUCUUAUAUGGAUAAGGGAAGAGAAGGACUUGAGAGUUACAGUUAAUGACAACUACCUAACUUUGAAAAUUGGCCAAUGAUUAGAAAUACAUUGAAGUUACGAAGGAAACAGUCCAGUAAUUCAUCAUUUCAUUUAAAAGUGAUGUCUCUUAGCUUGUGUCUCUUUCUGGUGCGACUGCUUUUGUCUUUUCCCCAUGGACAUCUUUGCAUUGCCUUUUGCUUAUCUCUUCAUUCUCUCUCCCCUCCCAGAAAACCCUUUUUAAAAUUGCUACAGAAGUGCUUGCAAAAUUCCAUUGUUGACUCACCCAGGAAGGUGCAUCCAAACUAGUACUCCUACCUACAGUAACAGUAUGUCUGCCUUAAAGAUUAAAAGGCAGUCCAGUGUUGCUAUAUUGCAUUGUGUGUACAAAUAUCUUUUUGUGCAUGCAAUGAAACAGGCCUCCAGACAGUUAUAACCAUAUUUCAGUCAAGAAAUGUUAAUAAAAAUAGCAUAAAAACAUUCCAGACAGUCUCUACUUCUGAUCUACUCCCUGUUUAUAUCUACAGAAGAAACUGCCAGUAACAUUUCUCCUUAACAAUGGAGUUAAUCCCGGGUUGUUGUUUUGUUUUUUCUCCCAAAAUAGAAAUUGACGUUCUUGUCACUUUUAAAAUUUGGUUUACUUCACCACAACAGUUAGUGUCCCUACCAAAGAUAGUAAGUUCUCAGUAAUAAUGCGUAUGUUAAAUGCGUAUGCUGCCUGUAUUCACCUCCUGAUCAAUAUGAAAACAGCAGGGUGGAACUGGCACAUUGCAAAUGCUAUUUUCACGAGCUACAAAUCUGAGCCAGUUGAGUACAGAAAAUCCUUGUAUAAAAUGGCACAUUGUGUCUAGGAAGAAGAUAUCCAGUUGAAACCAAGUUUUGGGUGAUUGGGACAAUCUUUUUAAAUGAAUGUCUUGUGUGUCAUAUGAUUAUAUUUUUUCCUCUCUCGUGGUUUCAUCUCUUUGUCAUAUUGCAUUAAUAGAUUGGGUUGGGUUUUAUACACAAUUUAUUUUAUCCAAUUUUGCAUAGAACACCACCUAGGAUAUAUGAUUUUUGUAAAUUAAAUAUUCAAAUAAACUUUUUGAACCAU